AUGUCUGUUCCAUUUUCAAAUACCAAAUUACGUAUACCAGAAGGUUUUCAAAAUCUCUUAAUUGGUUUAUCAACGGAAAUUCUUCGAAAUCAACCGAAUAAUAUUCCAGUAUUUGCUGCUGAAUAUUUUGAAAAAUUACUUCAAAAAAGAGAUCGUACUUUAUUAGUUACUUUUCUUUUUUCUCAUCAUAUUUGUAUUUAA